AGCAAGGAGCCAUGCAGCCAAUGGCUCACAGCUACAAGAAGAACCAAGUGAACUGAAUCUCUCCAAAAGAGAGAUUUUAAAGUCCGUAUCUUUGGUAACCCAAAGAUUGCAUGAUCCUUUUUGUAAGAAAACCAAUUACUUUUAAGUUGCUUGAAACCCUUUUUUCAUCUCUGUUUUACUGGGAGCAAAUGGAGACUUGCUUGCUGUUAUUUUCUGGAAACUCUGAGACAAGGAGAAUUCCAUAAGAUGCUCCACUUUGAUCAUCUUGAGCAGCUAAAGGCCGUAAAGAAGCAUCAGAAAGAUCAGCUUGAUUCCCAGAGAAUAAUUCACAGCAAAAGGUCUGCAAUUCCUCUUUGAAAAGAAGAAAUGCAACACCCACACUUGGUAUCCUAUUCUCUAUUCCUGCAUUCAAUAUCUUCUUGUUCAGGCUGGGGCAAAGAUUAGUGCAUUAAAGCAUCCUGGCAAUUAUUUACUCAACCUUCUUCCCUGGACAAGUGUUCAAAAUUGUAGAGGUUUAUCUUUUUCCCCUUAGAAGGAAUCAAAGGCUAGUCCUUGCUACACCCAAUCAAUGAAGCCCUGUCUGAAUCCUUCCCAGUAAAAGAGUGCAGAAAGGGACAAAAUGCUAGAGGCAACCUUACGGCAACCUUGUCUCCAACCUCAAUCCAGCUGUUCUGGGACCAGCAAAGCAAAGCAAAAUCCAUACAGUUUUAAGAAGCCCAAGCCUGACUUGGUUGAUGGAUAUGGCUGCUUGGAAGGCCUGCGAGGAAAGGAGAGAGAAAGCAGUCAAAGAUGUCUCCCAGCUGGGAAGAAUCGCCCAGCAGAGCCAGAAGAGCACGAGAUGAAAGAGUCAACAAGAAAGGGUUUCUUGCAAGAAUCUUGGAAAGCCAGUGGAGAUAUGCUACCGUUCAAGGGAGAUGGCAGCGGGCUGAUAUCAGGGGGCGGGUGCCCCGCGAUGAGAGACUCUCCAAGGCCAGCUUUGGACUUGCUCCAGUCUGGGUUUGGCAAAAGCAGCGACCCGAGUCAAGAAUGGAAAGUGGUGAAAGUUAAGCGAGUCCUUAUUUCUCCUGUGGCUGAACCUAGGAAAGCAAACGUUUCAAGAAGUGCCAGCCUUUCUGAGAAGGAGCUGAAGGAAGCGAAAGCCAGGAGCCAGAGAAUUGCUGCUCAGCUGACAACCCCACCCAGCUCCAACUCCAAAGGGGUCCUUCUGUUUCACCGCCGCAAGCAGCGGGUGAAUGCUUUUACCUUAGAAGCCCCCAAGACAACAAGCGCCAAGCAAGCAGGGGCUGAUCGCACCCCCAGAGCUAGUCAUAAGCACCAAAGCAGCCCAAGACAUGGGAAAGAGCCCCAUUUGAAGCAGGCCUCAAUAGACAUCGGAGCUUCGGAAGGAUUAUCCUGUGCCAAGAACUCUGAGUUGGGGCAAAAAGGCAGCAUGGAAAAAUACGAGAAAAGCCUGGCUCUGGAGCAGACUCUAGGUAACACACAGGGCUCUCAAAGGCAUAAAAUAAGAAGCGAGGAGGCCAUUUCCACAAUCCACCCCACAUUGUCCUCUGAGGAAAUCCCAGCUGAAGACUUUGAGCAAAUCCCUCUCAGCGUGUACCUGAAGGAAACUACGGGGACAGCCUCCACCAAUGGAAUGCAUGAACUUAUCGCCAACGAGUUUGAAAAGGCACUAGUUACUGAGCAAGUGCCAGUUGUUGACAAUACGGAAAAAAUUCUGCCUAUUUUUGAUGCUGUCCCUGUCGCUGACAGGGAGAAUAACAGCACCAUUCUUGAACAGGCGCCAUGCGUACUGCAUACAGACAGGGAAAACAAUGUUCUCGAUAAAGAACCAUAUUUGCCAAAUAUUGACAGCAAGAAUAACAACAACAACAUCCCUGACAAGGCGCCGUAUGCACCUGUUCUCGAUCAGGAAAACAAUAUUUUUCUUGACAAGCCAAUGAGUGAACCAGUGAUUGACAGGAAGGAGAAUGGAGAGAUUCUCAGCAAGGAGCCAGAUGUACCGAUCUUUGAGGACAAGGAUGUUUUGCCUGCUGCUGAGGAAGAGAAACCCAUGCUAGCUACCGACAGGCAGCCCAGCGAGACCGUGACACACACUAAUAAGCAGUACUGUGAAGUACGCCUGACUUUGUCUAAACCAUUGCCUGUGAAGAACCGAACUGCAAGACCAUUUGGGACUCGACUGCUGGCUGCAGCUCAGGCGCCAGCAGAGAAGAGUCCUGUGGCUGAGUUUCCUCCUCCACCCACCUAUGCAGAGACGUUUUCCAGCCCUCCUCCAGUAACUAGGGUCAGGUCACCUCCAGCCUACUCAGCGCUGUAUCCUACUGAAGAACAGAAAGCUCCUGUUCCCCAUGAGGCUACGUAUGUGGACAGCGGACCAAGGCCUCUUCCUGGAGGGGAGGACAGGGAGACACCAGCAACCAAAACAGGCCUUCUGGAGGAGUCUGUAGCCCGCAGAGCAACAAAGAAGUCCAUGUUCACCUUUGUCGAGAAGCCCAAAGUGGCUCCUAAUCCAGAUCUCUUGAAUUUAGUCCAGAGAGCAGAUAACAAGAAAAAGGGGAGAGGACAAGGAGGAGCAUCGAGUCUGGAAGAGGAGCCAUUUGCUCUGGGCGCAGAGGCCUCUAACUUUCUGCCUGAAAACAGAUCAAUAGAAGGACCAGCCCAGGCUCCUGCAGAUAAUGCCCCAGAGUGGUCUUCUUGUUUAAGGUCACCGAGAAUACAACCCAAGCCGAUGAUCAAAUCCAACCAAAGCCUAUCAGAGGCGAGAGGAAAGGGGGCAGAACUAUUUGCCAGAAGGCAGUCGAGGAUGCAGAAGUAUGUCAUUGAGUCUCCAUCGCACCCAGACAUAGGCAGGUCACCUUCUCCUACCAUGUCCCUCCCUCCCUCCUGGAAAUAUGCUUCAGAAACUCAUCUCUCCCCAGUCACAUUCCAGGCCCCUCCCAAAAGUCCGGCCAGAUCUCCCAAAGCUCCUCCUCUGCCUUUGUACAACAGCAACAUGUCGGAGAGCGAGAUUUCCAAAAAGGAGCUGGAGAUCUCCAAGCAGCAGCCUUACCAGCUUCAGUCCUCCUUGUUCAUCCUUUCCCCAGCCAAAGACCCCGUGAGGUCCUUACCAAAAGGGGCACCACCGCCCAAGCCUGUGGUUGCUGAGCCCAUGUAUAUGAGACAGGCCUCUUGCCCAACAUCUCCCUUGCCCCCUUCUCCUGUUUUUCAUCCACUUGCCCAGUUCAGCCAGGGCAGACCAUAUCCUGCUCCUUUCGCCCCGUCACCCGGGACUGCGCUUGCCCCUCAGAAUGUCCAAACAAGCAUGGAAGCAUCGCAGGAGCCGCCUUUUGAAUACCCUUCCAGAAUUUUGUCGCCGAGAGCAAAAGGAGUCUUCCAAGCUCCAAGGCCUUCUUAUUCCACCAAGAAUGCUGGAAUUGAGCCUCAGGAAAGAAAGAUGUCCCUCCCUGCUUCCCCGACGUGGACUCCCCGACUGCUGCGCCGACCACCUAGCAGUUUAGAUGGCUGGGUGAGCCCAGCCCAAACUCCAGAGCCCGAGGAAGGCCUUAUAGAGGCCUUUCGAGUAGCCAGUGUCAUGACCCCGCCUCCUCCGCCCAUGUCUCCAUCCUGGAGCGAAAGAUCUGUGUCCCCAUUUCGGCAAGAGGCCGACCCCAAGUCCAGCCGACAAAUGCAGGUGCUGCUGGCCAGAAACAUCAUCAACGCUGCCAAGAGGAAGAGCUCUUCUCCCAAAGCAGUGGCCAUAGAGAGCUUCAGACCCUUCACUCCUCCUGCCACUCCCUCAAGCGGCAGUCCUAAGAGCGUGGGCAACCAUUCCCCAAGCCCGCUGCCAUCUCCCAGGCCAACAAGGACGGACGGAUACAGGCGUGUCUCUCUCCCUGUCUCCGCUGCACCGCCACAUGCCAGUGCGUCUUCAAACAACAGUCCCAGGUUGCUAGGCAGCCAGUCUCCGACCUACAAGAGCCCACUGCAGUCUCCCAAAGCAGUGCGGAUGAAUGGGAACAAGUAUUUCACUAUGCCUGCCAGCACUGGGGCAUCCCUCUGCCACGCAGCAGCAUCCAACAAUGGCCUGAGAACAGCAGGCACCCAUUCUGUGGCCCAGUCUCCGAAACCCUCCAUCGUGGAGAGUCACAGGAUCUUCACACCCCCAGGAAGCACAACCAGGAAAUCAUCAUGUCCCAGCCCUAAGAAUGUGGGCACCUGCUCCCCCACCAUCAAAAGCCCUUUGCAGUCCCCCAUGGUAGGAGUCCGUUCUCCGCUGAAGCGCUUCACCUCCCUGUCACCCACCAACUCGGAUGUAUCCCUCGACUCGGAAGACUCUGGGAUCAAGUCGCCCAGCAUCCGCAGCUUCAACAUUUGUCCCCGGGGCUGGAAUGGAAGCCUGAGGCUGAAGCGGGGAAGCCUCCCUGCAGAAGCCCCCUGUACCUCCUAAACCUAGGAUAGCAGAUGAGAAGGAGAAACAACUUGCAAAUUUGCCUGUUGCCAAAAUAUUAUGCAGUCCUACUACAGCCACUUAAUCCUACCCAUCUCAUUAAGCAUCAGGAGGAAGGAGCUGGGCCUGCAGAGAUGUAAUCCCUUCCCAACAAGCCUGCUCCUUUCUGGGGGUUUAGAAGAAUGGAUCAGAGCCCAUUUGUUUGUGGGGAAGACCUUUCAGAUCAGAGGUAUUCUCAAACCGAGAGAAACAUGGCUGAGAUUCUACCCACCAACACACCAGAUCUCCAUGGGCUCCAUCCUCACAGCAUUUGCCUGCUUUUUUUGGCAUUCAUCUGUCUCUGCUAGACUGGAGCCACCAGUGACUUCCUCACUCAAGGGAGUCUAAUGAGGCUUUGGCUGCUUUUGUUGUCACGCAGUAACAUCCUGUGGGAUGAGGACAAUUGUACACUCACCGCCUGCAGCGUAAUCCCCGGCAGACUGUCAACACGAGAGAACAGGAGAGGCCUGCCAACAGCUUUGUUUGCCUUCCAUAUGAUAGCUGUUAUUGGCUUUCCCCCUCUAUUCUGACGGUGGCUACUAGUCAAGUCUGCCCUCCCACCGUGGGGGCUGAACAUGAAGGUGAGGCAUGGCCAAGAAUCCCACCCAGCAGUUACCCCUGGUGGCUGAUCUGUGCAAUGUAGCUUUAGCUCCAAAGAGAAGGCCUGGCUUUACCCAAGCCCUGUGUAUCCAGAGAAGUUAGCCUCAUGGAGGUCUUCUCUCUAGGGUGCUGGAAAGCCACAUAUGGCCCAAGCAAUCCUGUAUCCUGGGGCGGAGGUGUGGAAUAUUCCACCACAACACAGGUGGAGUGGCUGCUCAGUCCAGAAGGCAAAAGCGAAACACUCAACAUAAAAAUGACAUCCCCGCAGCCAAUGUCCAGAAAGUUAUCUAGGUCCCAAAAUUGAUAAAUGCCUGGAACAUUUCCUACAGAAAAAUAAUUAUUAGCCAAGCAAUAAAAGAGAUGAAGACCACUUUUCCUCAGCAAUACUAUAUCAAGGCUAAUGCGCCCUAAGUUGGCCCCUGGCAAACAUCCUCUUUGUUGGGGGACAGGGACCUAAGCAUUUGAUAUAAUAAAGCUUGUUCUGAUGAGGAUCUGUGUGCCUGGAGGUAUUCCUAUGGGAGGCCGGAGGCAGUAUGACUCUGUUAAGACUGCAGAUCUCCUGAAGGGGUUGGGAAGAGAGGCAGGGCCGACCUAGGACUUGCAAGACGGACAGCCAACUGACUCCCAAAUCAGUUAUAUUUCUCAUGACAGCAAUACUGUAUCAGCAGGUUGAGGCCCAUUUUAAAGACUGAAUAAGACUGUGCAAGGACGACGACUCCCAGAGAAAGAGACUCCUUCAGUUAGGCUCCCCUAGAAAAGAGGCUGGAUACAGCAGAAGUGGGCCUUGCCAAUGGGCUCGUGUUCCCAACCCACUUGCUAUAAGGUGGCAUGAAUAACCAUUAAUAAAUGGCGAGUGGGCCUUGUUUGGCCAAAGUCAGGAAUGCCUCCUUUGUAAUGGAAAGGUCAAAAGGAGGCUGCUUUGGACUAGAAUCGGCUGACUGGACUUUGCUUCUUUGCUGCGUCCUUUCCACUUGCCACCACCAUCAAGGACCUGAUAAACGGACUUUUCUACUUUGUGCUACCCAGAGAAGCUCCCUUUCAAAUCUGGCCACCCACGUCCAGCCCAUUUCCCUGUGCGAUGCUGUGUAACACACUGCCAUGUAGGCGAUACUCUGACUGGCAUGGGCAGGGCCGUAUCGGAUGUUUGCCCCACUUGCCCUUGUCUCUGCAGGCAUCCUCUAUUUUUAUCCCGGUAACCUUUAAAGACAGGAGCAUGCCUUAGGUGUUAAUUCAAGGGGAGCCAUAAAUGAGUGAGCUAGGCCCCCGUCUUUGUUUCCUUCUGAUCAUGCAUGCCUCGCGAUGGGGGAGAGCAGGCAGGGGGCACUUCAAGUGGUGGGUUCCUUGGAAACGUGGCCAAGCAAGCCAGCCCAGCUUUGUCAGGUGGCAUGGACGUACUUUCGCCAUUCUGCUGCUCUUGGCUGUGCAGACUCAUGGCAGACCCCCCCAGUCAAAGGCUCCCAUUUCUGGGGACAAGGAGAAGCAGGGUAGGGCAGACCAUCAGAUGAUUCAAGCAGGCACCAUUGGAGGCAUGUGGAGAUCACAAGCCCUGUGUAUAUAUGACCACGAAGAAUAAUUGGACUGCUUCCAUCCACCAAGGCUAUCAAUACAAUAGUUUUGUUCUACCUCCACUGUUGGAAGCUGGAGUAGAUGAGCCACUGGCCGGACUCGGCAGAGCUCUUCUAAUGCUCUUACAUAGUUUCCCCAGAUGUAUUAUAAAGGGGAUCCACCAAUGGAAUCUGGUUGUUUCAGGGAAGAGGACCUGCACAUAUCCGCCUUAACCUAUUGCUCUCCAUUGCCCCUUAAUUCACUUAAUUCAAGCAACCUGUCAACCCAACAUUGGAGCCCUUAUGCCGCCUCUUGCUGUAAUCAGCAACAGCAGGGGCUCAGGGAAGCCAAAACAGAGAUUCUGCUGCUGCUGCUGCUGCCAUAAGGACCUGAAUUCUGCCUCCUUGACUCAGCAUGGAGAGGUGUAAGAACACCCAGUGCUACAAAAUGUUUGCUUCUUCCCUGCAGCUGCUUGGCCCCUCGAGCUUGGAGGUCAAGCAGAUACUUUGCCACUGCUCCAAUUUCACCGGAGGAAUGGCAAGAGAGAAGAGCAUAUCGCACACUGGAUCCCACACUGAGGCCCUCUGUUGUGACUGACAGGCCUAAGUGAUAAAUUUCAGUCCCACAGGCAGGGAACUCAUGGGUACAUCAGGUACCGUUCUCAGAUAGCUACCUAACUCUCUCUCUCUCUCUAGCCAGUCAACUUGUCCUUUGCAGCAGCAGCAGCAAAGUGAGGGCAGGGACUGGUGGGGGGGGGUCAAGGAAAGGUUGCUGGUGCCCUCUAGAGGCUCAUGGGAUCAACGACGAGAUUUUUCACUCCUCCCGGAGAGAAGAGGAAAAAAGAGAGAGCAAAAAAAAUGUGUCUAAGGGAAAGUUGAGCAUAAAAGCAACAAAGUGGAGCUUUUGACAAAGAGAACACUGUGGCAGAGAGAAAGCCUCGGAUCUUCCGGGAAGAAGUUCCCGGUUGGUUGGCAGAUGGAAGCGUUGCAUGUUGUUGAGUGUGUGGGAAGGAGGCACUGACCUGGGAGAAAGUGCUGAAAGAUGUCGUGAAUCUCUAAAGGACUCCUUGUUGUUCUCAGAGCCAUGCGGGCACCCUCUAGAACACACUGUUGCUUGCAGCCGAGGGAAGCUAAGAUAAGGAAAUUGAAAACAUGAGAUGCAAAAUGUAUCAGUAAUAGCAUAUCCCUGAACUUCCUGAGAGACAAGAAACCUCUUGCUUUCCCCAAGAGAGGGAUUU